AUGAGGAGUACAUUGGAAGAGGCGAUUCUGGAAACGCGCAGUACGCCUCUCGAAAAUCGACCGCGAAUUCCCCGCAUAGCCCUAAACAAGCGGAAUCGCGCUGUCGUGAGAGCACUGAAACCAAUGCUGGUGACCUAUUUGGAUGCCAACCGGGACCUUUGCGAGACGGACUCAAUUCUUUGUGGCGCCGCGCUGGCAGUCUGCCGUACUAUAGGUGCCAAGGUUUCCACGGCUGGACGCGCUACAAGCCAAAGUAGCGCUAUCCCAGCAUGGAGAAGAAGAAUUAAGGAACGUAUCGCAAAAGCUAGAGCUCUCAUCGGUAGACUGAUAUGCUUCCGAUCAGGCAAUAACAGGCCAAGAAUUGUGCGCACCGUCGAGAUGGCGUAUGCUGAAAAACUGAAGGAGCGCAUAGAUGAUCUGAAGCAGAGAAUCGCUGCUUGGGGAAAGGGGAUUCGGCGAUAUACCGAGAGGUCGACACGGUUCAACCAGAAUCGUCUCUUCCAGAGUGAUCAGAAGAAGCUCUAUGAAUCAUUGGAGCGACCAAUGGCAAGGGAAACGGGCCCAGCACCGAAUCAGGCCGACACUGUAGCAUUCUGGCGCAGCCUGUGGUCAGAGCCCGUAAACCACAGCGAGAGCCCUUGGAUGGAAGUUGUGGUGAGUCAGUGUGUCAGUAUGACACCCAUGGACCCCGUCAUUAUAACACCAGAUGACGUAGCUGAGGCGGUCCGUAGGGCCAGAACUUCCAGUCCAGUUCGGGACUCGAUGGGCUGCAUCACUACUGGCUGA